CCAGUUUGACACCCCCGAGAAAGAAAACCUGCCCGAGGGCGAGAGCCCCGUGGUGCUGCGCCGCUGCUCCCUCACCUCCUCCAUGGCCGAGGAGGACGACGACGGCUUCAUGGAGAUCCUGGACGAGGAGGAGAUGAAGCAGAGCGACGCGGAGGUGCCGCCGGGGAUGGCGAGCCUGCUGACCGCCCCGCUGGUGAGGAAGGAGGAGGCAGAGCCGCGCCCCGCCAAGCGCAGCAAGUGCCGGCAGCUCUUCCGCUCGCCCUCGAUGCCCAGCAGCGUCAUCCGGCCCAUCCUGAAGCGCCUCGAGCGGCCCCACCACGACCGGGACACCCCCGUCAAAACCAAGCGGCGCAGGAGCGUGGCCGGCACCCCGGGCGAGGUGGCGGAGCCGAAAGCGCGGCUGAUGCGCUCCAGGUCCUUCUGCCAGGAGGAGAUUGAGAACAUGCUGGCCAACGACCACCGGGAGCUCAUCGGGGACUUCUCCAAGGCCUACCUGCUGCAGACGGUGGAGGGCAAGCACCAGGACCUCAAGUACAUCUCCCCCGAAAUGAUGGUGGCGGUGCUGAGCGGGCAGUUCAGCAGCUUCAUCGAGAGCUGCGUGAUCGUGGACUGCAGGUACCCCUACGAGUACGAGGGAGGCCACAUCAAGGGUGCUGUCAACCUGCCGAUGGAGCAGGAUGUGGAGGAGUUCCUGCUGAAGAAGCCCAUCGUGCCCUUCGAUGCCACCAAGCGCGUGAUCGUCAUCUUCCACUGCGAGUUCUCCUCCGAGCGGGGGCCCAGGAUGUGCCGCUUUGUCCGGGAGAAGGACCGUGCCUGCAACGAGUACCCCCACCUGCACUACCCCGAGCUCUACGUCCUGAAGGGGGGGUACCGGGAGUUCUUCCCCCAGUACCAGGCACACUGUGAGCCCCAGGACUACCGGCCCAUGCACCACGCCGACUUCAAGGAGGACCUGCGCAAGUGCCGCCUCAAGAGCCGCACCUGGGCGGGCGAGCGCAGCCGCCGGGAGCUCUACAGCCGCCUCAACAACUGCUGAGCCCCGGGGGCACCGGGGGGGGCCCGCUUGUGACCCGGGGGGGUGGCCUCAGAGGAGGGCGGCC